UCCCUGCUGCUGGUCGUCACUGACUGAGCAGACAUGGCUGCUCUCAGUAAGAUAACCCACAGCUGCUACGAGAUCGGUCAUACCUGGAGCCCGUCGUGUGUGCAGUCCGCCGUGGAUGUAACCAGGGGUGCUCUGGAGGUCUCCUUCAAAAUAUACGCCCCUCUUUAUCUGAUAGCAGCAAUCCUCAGGAGAAGGAAGAAGGAUUACUAUAUAAAACGGCUUCUCCCUGAGAUCCUACAGUCUACCUCUUUCCUCACUGCCAAUGGAGGUCUCUACAUUGUUUUCUUCUGCAUUCUCAGGAAACUGUUGGGAGGGUUUUACUCCUGGUCUGCUGGGUUUGGCUCGGCACUGCCCGCCUCCUACAUUGCUAUCCUUGUGGAGCGCAAGAGCAGGAGAGGACUGCUGACAAUAUACAUGACAAAUCUUGCCACUGAGACCUUAUUCCGUAUGGCAGUGACAAGAGGGAUCAUCAAACCCAUUAAACACGGCGAGGUGCUCCUGUUCUGCAUUACUGCUUCUCUCUACAUGUUCUUCUUCAGGAAUAAAGAUGGUCUCAAAGGCUUUGCAUUCUCUGCAUUAAAGUUCAUCAUUGGAAAGGAAGAGCUUCCAUCUCACUCUGUCGUGGCAGAGCAGACUCACACAAGGCCCGAUGAGAGGACAGAUGCUGUAGAAACCGAUGAUGCACAGGCGCCUGCAGAAAGGCCAAAGCCCAGGAGGAAAACUCUGAUAGCCUACACCAGGGAACUGCUAGAAUCAAUAUGCAAACAUGGUCCAAGACACAGAUGUUGUAAACAUUACCAGGACAACUGCAUUUCCUACUGUGUAAAAGGUUUUGUCAGGAUGUUCAGUGUUGGGUACCUGAUUCAGUGUUGUCUUAAAGUGCCCUCAGCAUUCAGGCAGAUGUUCUCUAAACCCUCGCGGCUACCGUCUGUCUUCUACAACAAAGAGAACUUCCAGCUAGGGGCCUUUCUAGGUUCUUUUGUCAGUAUCUACAAGGGAACAAGCUGCUUGCUGCGCUGGAUGCGUGAUAUUGACGAUGAACUCCAUGCACUGGUAGCUGGCUUUCUGGCUGGAACCUCAAUGUUCUUCUACAAAAGCACGUCGAUAUCCAUGUAUCUCUUCUCAAAGCUGGUGGAGACUAUGUACUUCAAGGGCAUUGAGGCUGGCCGGUUCCCCUACUUUCCUCAUGCAGACACAGUCAUAUAUGCCAUCUCCACUGCUAUCUGUUUUCAAGCUGCUGUGAUGGAAGUGCAGAACCUCAGGCCUUCAUACUGGAAGUUUCUGCUGCGUUUAACAAAGGGCAGGUUUGCUCUGAUGAACCGACAGGUGCUGGAUAUGUUUGGGACUCAGGCCUCCAGGGACUUUAAAGGCUUUGUGCCCAAACUGGACCCACGUUACAUCACAGUGCCCAGCCAAACAGUGCUUCCACCAGGAGCCGACAUCCAACUGGGAUGACGUGGGACCAGGCUUUGCAAGGGGCUUUAGGGUUACCACAAUUGGAAAUGGACAGCUAGGCUGUUUUGUCUGACUGGCUUGUGGAUUUUUUUUUAAAGGUGUUAGCAGCUCAGAAGUGGUGGUGUUUUAUUAUGAAAUGGGAUCAUCUUUGGAGGAUGUAAAGGCCCCAAUAUCUGAACAAAGCAGGGUGUCCUGAGUGUCAAGUGUUGCAUAAGCCCACUUACUGCCAGGGAUUGAACACAUACAGGUAACUGGUAAAAUAAAUUAAACACAUACAUUCAUAACUACUAUGCCCUAGUAGUUAUGUAGGUUCUGCUCUAUUAAAACUCAGUAGUAAAAGGCAAAUACUAAUAAGAAAGCCAUCUAAAUGAGGAACAUAAAUCAACUGAUUCUUUUAUAUAUAUUUCUUUGACAAUUUGCAUCUUACAGGAUGACAUUAACGUGUUAUAUAAUUUAUAGAUGGUAGAGGUAAGGGUCAUACUGAAUUAGUUCACAAAUCACCAAAAAAACUAACGUGGUUUGUUGGGAUCAAAAAAUGAUUCAGGAUGCAACAUUCCUUAAAUGAUUGUGUUUCUUCAUUUUACAUGUUACCUGUUAUUUGCUUGCUUGCUUUCGUGUCAGGGGGAAACUCACUUAUGUUUUUGUAACAGGCACAAUGACACCUGUAUUUGACUGAUUUAAGAGGAGCAAGAAUUCAAGAUUAUUACUCCUAGAUAAUUUCUCAAUGUGUACUUUUCAAGAAGAUCGGUGCAAUUGGUGAGAGCUAGAAUUAUGUAAUCUUAUCAAUAUUUUAAUCCGUAGUAGACAAUGAGAGGUGUAUUCAAAUUUAUGAUGUAAAAAGAACAAGUGGUAAGUAAACAGAUGAUUUCACAAAUUCAGUGAUAUUUGAAUGCAAGUCUUUUUUCUGUACUCACAUUGGAAGUUUUUAGAUGGCACUUAAUGAUAAUGGAGUGAGUGAUAAUGCAAUGGAGUGAGCCACCCUAAUGGAUACUUCAAGGGGUAAAAGAACACGUGCACAAUUUAACCUUUUACAAAACAGUAAAGGGCAGUAACUACAGCAAAGGAAUAUAUAGAAAAUCUGAUUAUUAUGUACUGGUUUUAAUUGCAGAAACCGCAUUGAGACUCCUGUUUAUACGCACACAAAACUGAUUAUUGGUAGAAAUCAUGAGAAUGCAUUUACAUGCAGUGUUUUAACAUGAUAACUAUAAAACUUGCAUUUACAGCUUCCAGAUUGUGAAUCACAUUUCUCACUCACUGUAUUUUUAUUAAGAAGUUGGCAUAUUUUAACAGUAUCAAAAAGUUCAUGUUAUAUAAGAAACAUAUUCAUACAUUAUGCUACAGCUUAAAGAGAUCAUUUGGUCAGGGCUUGAUGAGAAAGUCGAUGGGAUGCUGGAGUAGAACUGUUUCACAUACUGUACUGUACAUUUGUCAAAUCCGGUGUUAACUGCAGACUAAUUUAGACUCAUUUACUCUUACGUUAAAGAGUUCGGCUGACUUUGUAUUGAAUUAUUUUGAUCACAAAAAUGUUCCAGCUCUACAACUGAACUGUUGUCAUAUUCAUACACUUUCUGACCUGGAAGUUUCACAUAUGGUUUCAGUCAGAUGCUUUUCCACUUCUGGAUUACUACAGUUCUCUCUGUUAAAUUGUUUUAAUGAGAACAGGCUCCUGAGUGUGGAAGCAGCCUUUCAUUUACAAAUGUAUUCUAUGAGUUAAAUCAUUUUACAAUUGUGAGAGUUGAGAUUUUGAAAUGUGAUAAACUUACGGGAUAAGAUAAAGUGGCUCAACUGACAGUGGAUGGGUGACUACGUUUGUAGCUUCAUUUGAUGCAAAUUGUGGAUUAAUCACAAAUGGCCUUCAAAGCUUUGAACCACAACAUAUAUAGUUACCAUAAUUUCAAAAGAUAAUAUUGCUAGAUUCAAUCGGGUCCAUCUCUUUCACAACCGUCUUAGGAGGUUAUAAGUUACUCAAUUUUAAUAUUGACUCAUUCAGGCCCAACUUGCCCUAACAAAGAUUUUUGUUUUUUGUGGUUUGAGCUCAUACAAUAUAAGAUGCUAUUGUUUGUCAAUCAAAGAUGUAUUAUAUAUAAUUUAAAAUCCACAUUUAUUGAAAUGCAGUUUACAGAGAUAUUUGGUGCCACACACAAGAAGUGUUUCUGUGAAUAAAAAGCACACAUCUCAGUUUGUUUUUUGUCUCUUAAAUCUUUCAUGUUCUCUGAAAAGUGUGUGUUACAUCUCUUCCUUAGAAAAAAGUCACAGUGGUUCUGAAGUUAAUGAAAUAAGGAUGGUGAUUACUUCUGUGGUCCAUGUAACAUUUCUAAAUGCAUGUUACACCAUUCUUCAUUGCAGAUGUGAAAUUACUGUGUACAAUUGAACUAUAAACUAAUUUAAUUCUACGUCUUGUACACAUCUCGUAUAUCUGUCAGCUCUUUAAGUCAGUUUGUUUAUAUUAAAAUAUAUUUUUUGAUUGCUA